UUCUGUUCUGUUGAGUUGCAGGAACGUGUUCUUUUUCUACUUUCCGUUUGAUUUUAUUUCCUUAUUAUUAUUGUUAUUAUUAUUAUUGUUCUAAUUAUUAUUAUUAUUACUGUUAAAUAUUUGGUUCGCGUUUCGUUCGGUUCGCUUCGGUUUCGUUUGGUUUUUCGUUCCUUUUGCCGUUUAGUUAACGUUUUUCAAAUACCAAACAAAACUAACACAUAAUCAACGCCAAUCAAUUUGCAUAAGUUAUCGCCUAUCUUUCGGUUAAUUUUGUUUUUGAUUGAUACAAAAAAACACCAGUAAAAUGGUCGAGGGUCAGACAGCGGUUCAACAGCAGCAACAGCAGCAGCAGCAGCAAUCAUCGGGCACUGGCAGCUCUAGUGCUGGCACUGGUGGUGGCACGGCUGGUGGCGCCUCCGCUGGCGCUGGUGUGGCCAACAGUCAAGCGCAGCAGAAUGGUGGCUCAACGGCCACGGCAACUGCUGUGGCUGCGGCUGCUGCUCCGGCAGCAACAACCAACAACAAUGCGGCAGCCAACACCAACAGCAACAGCAACAACAACAAUAACAACAACAAUAACAAUGCAGCCACAAACAACAACAAUAAUAAUAAUAACAACAACAAUAACAACAACAACAAUAACAACAACAACAACAAUGAACCGGAUCCGAAAACCAAUUUGAUUGUGAACUACUUGCCACAGACGAUGUCACAGGACGAAAUCCGUUCAUUGUUCGUCAGCUUUGGAGAGGUGGAGAGCUGCAAGUUGAUACGUGAUAAGGUGACAGGCCAAAGUCUGGGCUACGGCUUUGUCAACUACGUGAAGCAAGAGGAUGCGGAGAAGGCUAUUAAUGCAUUGAAUGGUCUACGUCUGCAAAACAAAACCAUCAAGGUCUCCAUUGCGCGUCCCAGCUCGGAGAGCAUUAAAGGCGCCAAUCUCUAUGUAUCGGGUCUUCCAAAGAAUAUGACACAGUCCGAUUUGGAAUCGUUGUUUAGUCCAUACGGCAAGAUCAUAACUUCGCGCAUACUUUGUGAUAAUAUCACUGGUCUCUCCAAGGGCGUUGGCUUUAUACGCUUCGAUCAGCGCUUCGAGGCUGAUCGCGCCAUCAAGGAGCUCAACGGCACCACACCGAAAAAUUCCACCGAACCGAUAACCGUUAAGUUUGCCAACAAUCCCAGCAGCAACAAGAACAGCAUGCAACCGCUGGCCGCCUACAUUGCGCCACAGAAUACGCGCGGCGGACGCGCUUUUCCAGCGAACGCGGCCGCCGGCGCCGCAGCGGCAGCCGCUGCUGCUGCCAUUCAUCCCAACGCGGGCCGUUACAGCUCUGUGAUCUCACGCUAUUCGCCGCUCACCAGUGAUCUAAUUACCAAUGGCAUGAUACAGGGCAAUACCAUAACUAGCUCCGGCUGGUGCAUUUUCGUCUACAAUCUGGCGCCCGAAACCGAAGAGAAUGUGCUCUGGCAGCUGUUCGGUCCAUUUGGGGCUGUGCAGUCGGUCAAGGUAAUACGCGACUUGCAGAGCAACAAGUGCAAGGGCUUCGGCUUUGUCACCAUGACCAACUAUGAGGAGGCGGUGCUGGCCAUACAAUCGCUCAAUGGCUACACGCUGGGCAAUCGGGUACUUCAGGUCAGCUUCAAGACUAACAAAAAUAAGCAAACGUAAUUAUUAACCAAGUUGGCUGCUGUUGUCAAUGCCAAUGCGGCGGCAGCGGCGCUAGCUGCCAAUCGUUUGGUGCUUAAUCAAAGCCACAACAACAACAACAACAACAAGCACAUCAUGAACAACAUCAACCAUAAAAGCAACAGCCACCACCCAUUUGGCAAAUAUGCUAAUCACAGCAGCAACAACAACAACAACAGACAGCACAACAGCAAUAACAAACAGAAACAGCAGACAACUUCAAGCAGUAACAACAACAGCAACAACAACAAAAACUCGUUGACAACAACAACAAAAUCGAAUGCAGCAACAGCUACAGCGAGCAAUCGUCACAGCAAACCGCCCACAAAUAGCAACAACAACAGCAACAUGACAUCUACUAGCAACAACAGUAAGAGCACCACCUCCCAUGCCACGCCCCAUAGCGAAAGCGGCGCCAGCUCGACCAGCAACAGCAACAUAUUGAAAACCUCGACGAAAUUCAUCUACAAUAAGCCGCAGAAUCAUUUCGAAUUGCUACAACAGCAGCUGCAGCUGCAGCAGGAGUUUGCUCAGUUCCUUACCAAUGUGGCUAAUAGUGCAGCUGGAGCCGGUAUCGCUGACACGCCCAACAUACACAACAACAGCAACAACCAUAACAGCAACAGCAACAGCAACAACAACCACAGCACCAGCAGCAGCAACAACGCAGCCAGCGGUUCACAUGCAACGCGGAAUGCGACAAACAGCUCAACACUGAGCAGCGCAGCAGCAACAGUUGGCAACAACAAGAGCAAUCACAGCCAUAACAAGAACAACAACAACUAUCAGUCCUCAUUUAUGCCAUCUUGGUCAAAUUGGUUUUUCUAAUUGAAGCCGAUACUCACCGUCUGGUGAAUGCCCUUUUUACAUUUUGUUGGUUUGAAUUUGUUCUAAUACGUUUUUUUAAAUAACCUGAGCCCCUUGAGAAUGGGAAAUCAGCGUGUAACUUUUUUUUAAACAUUAUAUUAUGUUCAUAUUUAAACUAUAUGUUUCCUUAUAUAUGGAAUUUUUUUUAUAUUUACUUUUACGAAAGUAUAUUUU